AAUUUGUUGUUCAUUUCAGGAGCGUUUCAUUUCGCCUCAAUUCCGACACACAGAGGAGCAGCCCGCCUGCUUCCCUUCUCUCUCCUCCCUUCAUCUUCUUUCUUUUCGAGUGUUUCCUCUGCUACUCUGCUCUGUUCUGCUUCAGCAACUCGAGGCUAUGCGUACGUUGUGUCGUUUUACCAUAGAUGAGCUAGGGGCUGCCGACGAGGUGUUUUAGUCAGAUUAGGGGGAAAUCGGUUGUUAUCCGGAGACUUGUGGCGAUCUCUUAUGUCGAUUCGGGUGUCGAUUCAGGUAGCUGAAUCUUCAGCUUGAUACACUUUUAGCAGUGAAAGAGAUGAAUCAACUUAGUGUGGUGAUCGAAGACACUUUUGCUAGUGUUCUUGAACUCGCGGCCAACAAUGAUUUGGACGGUUUCAAGCGAUUUGUUGAUCGAGAUCCUUUGGCCAUUGAUGAGGUUGGGGACUGGUAUGGGCGCAAGAAGGUGUUCGAGCAGAGAACUCCACUCAUGGUCGCAGCCACUUAUGGAAGCCUUGAAGUGCUUGAAUUAAUUCUUAACCUCUCCUCUGAGAAUGUUAACCGAUAUUGUGGCCCGGAUAAGACUACUGCCCUUCACUGCGCUGCUUCUGGUGGUUCGGUGAAUGCUGUGGAGGCAGUAAAAGUUCUCCUUUCUGCUGGAGCUGACCCUAACAUUGUUGAUGCCAUGGGUCAUCGACCAGCUGAUGUGAUUACUGUCCCUUGUAAGAAGUCUAAUGGGAAGGUCACACUUGAAGAACUUCUUGGAAGUUCUGAUGGAGUGGUCCGUGAGAUUCACAGGCAAGACCUUUGGGUGGUAUCUUCAUCCUCAUCCAAUUCCAACUCUCCAUCACUUUCUUCAUCAGCAGAGGACCAGGGGUCUCCUUCCUCAGAUUCAUCUUCAUCUCCAAAUGAUGUAAAAUAUGAGGAACUUCCCAUACUACCGGAGAAGAAAGAGUAUCCUGUCGAUCCUUCCCUUCCUGAUAUCAAAAACGUCGCUUAUAGUACAGAUGAGUUCCGAAUGUUCUCAUUCAAGGUACGACCUUGCUCUAGGGCUUACUCUCAUGACUGGACUGAGUGCCCAUUUGUUCAUCCCGGAGAAAAUGCCCGGAGGCGAGACCCUAGGAAGUUCCAUUAUAGCUGCGUUCCUUGUCCCGAUUUUCGAAAAGGGGCAUGCAGGAGGGGGGACAUGUGUGAGUAUGCACACGGGGUGUUCGAGUGCUGGCUUCACCCAGCGCAAUAUCGCACCAGACUUUGUAAGGAUGGAACUAACUGUGCGAGAAGGGUUUGUUUCUUUGCUCACACUAAUGAAGAGCUUCGUCCCCUCUACAUGUCUACUGGUUCAGCUGUGCCUUCUCCUAGAACUUCCGCCUCCACUGCCAUGGAGAUGGCUGCCAUGGGCCUUGUACCAAGCUCUCCAUCUUCUGCUUCAGCUGUUAUGCCUUCUUUUACACCUCCUUUGUCACCUUCCGCCAAUGGGAUUUCUCAUUCUUCAAUGAAUUGGCCUCAACCUAAUGUUCCUGCACUUCACCUUCCUGGAAGCAAUCUUCAGUCAAGCAGGCUGAGAUCAUCUCUUAAUGCAAGAGACAUACCAUUGGACGACUACUAUAACCAAGAAUUAGAAGCUCAUCAGUUGAUGAAUGAUCUGUACAUCUCUCGAUUUGGCUCCUCUGCUGUGAACAGAACAACACGAUCUAAGAACCUGAAUGGUUCUAACCUUGAUGAUCUUUUUUCAGCAGAAAUUUCGUCCUCUCCAAGAUAUAACUCCGAGCAGGGAGCUCUUUUUUCUCCAUCACAUAAAACUGCUAUUUUUAAUCAGUUUCAGCAACAGCAACAGAAUCUUCUUUCACCUAUCAAUACAGGGAUGUUCUCUCCAAAAACUCUGGAUCAACAGCACCCAGGGCACUCCUCUCUUUUGCAGGUUUCUCUUGGUUUAUUGUCACCUGGAAGGAUGUCUCCUAGAAGCAUGGAACCUGUGUCCCCAUUGAGCUCCUCCCGCCACCAUGCUACCUUUGCUCAGCUUGAGAAGCAGCAGCAGCAGCAAACUCUGAGGAGCCUCAGCUCCCGCGAUCUGGUGGCGGGUGCACCGGCAAUGGCCGGCUCUCUGCUGAGCUCAUCCUUGUCCAAGUGGGGCUCCCCAUCAGGCACGCUUGAUUGGGGCAUGAAUGGUGAUGAGCUGGGCAGGCUAAAGCGUUCAUCUUCUUUUGAGCUUCCUUCUAAUGGUGAAGAGCCUGAUGUUUCCUGGGUUCAUUCUCUAGUGAAAGAGACGACCCCAGAGAAGCCGUCAUCCAUGAAAUCUUUGGUUGGAGAAGCUGAUGCUUUUGGUGUUGAGAUUGGUGGUUUUGAUCACGCAAGUGUUAUUGAUGAUUGGCUGGAAUAGCUUCAUCUGGAUCAAAAUGGCUGAUAGUAAAGUAGAAAUAAUACUUUCUACUCUUUCCUGUUGAUGAAGAAUUUUCUACUACGAGCAAUUGAAUCAGGAAGUAAAUUUUUUUU